CUGUGUACUUUUUCGUCUUAACCCUUUUUGUCGUCUUCCUUCCAAGCCAAAGGCUAAACUAAAGCCCUAAGAGUCCUUUCUGCCAAAUCCCAGAAAACUUAAACCUAACCUUUUCUCCUUUAAGAAACCAACAAUUCUGCUCUUUAUUUUAGCCAACGAUGAAGGUGUUCGAGGUAAAUGGAUCCACCCUCUGUCUUGCUCUCUUCGUCGACGUCACCAACUCCAAGGAACUCCUGGAUUCAAUGCAAGGUGGAACUUUGGAACCAGAAGUAGCAUUGCUGAAUGCAUUACUUAUCCCAGAUGUUUUCCCUGUUCUGGCUGCUGCACACAAGACGCUUGUAGCUAAAUCAAGGCAGUCAUUAACAACACGGACCCUGCAUUCUGAGCUUGUCUAUAAUUAUUCAGGUUCUAAGCAUAUCUCAGAAUCCUUAAAGAGAUGUGGCAUCUCUGAAAGUUCAACCUACAUCCUUGUGGCUCGGUUCAGUGCUUCUGCUGAUGAGAUGACAGCCAUAGAGAAACUGAUAGAAGGAAGAGAGAUCGAUUUAGAUGAUUUGGAAGGAAAAGCAAAUCAAUCCCAAAUACAGAAGCACUACAAAAUAUCAAGCUUGGAGUUGGAGAUAUCUUCGCUUGCAGAUGCCAUAACUUGCAGGAUCGCUGCCCGAGACGCAUUGUGAAGCAGGAAUUUGCUGCCAACUUCAAAGGACUUCUCCUCUUUACUUUUUCGCUCCUUGUCGCCACACUUCAGAGGACUUCUGACUUUCCUUAACCAUCACUCGUACAACUUUUUACAAUAUUAAGACGCAAUUUCUGAUUCAGUUCCUGAUUGGUGUAACUUGGCCUGUGUAGCGAAUUCUCGGACGAGUUUGUCGCUGAAGAUCCAAAACCGCCCCAUAUCAUGUCUACUUAUGCUGCUUUGUUUGGUUGUGAAAACGGGGUACUAUAAAGUGUAAAUGGCGAUACAUUGGCUUUUGAUUGCGAUGUCUAGUCUCUACUCGAUAUUUUUGAC